AUGAAGGUCGAGAUCACAUAUCUAGACUUGAAUGUCAAGGUUGCCCUUAGGAGUGAGAUCGAGAGCUACUCUCCGACGAAUCGCCCCGUAGGCUCUCUUUCUAGCCCGUCUCUGGAUCUACCAACAAAUGGAAGCGCAGGUCCGGCCAAUCCAUCGUCACAUGUUGUAUGCUUCCAACGCGGGGACCCUAAGGCCAACGAAGUCGUACCGGAGUUUUGCUCGCUUGCCAUAGAUGACAUAGCCAAGAGGGACGGCUUUGAUGAGUUCAGUAAGACCCAGACAUGGUUCUUCGGUCCACCUCGACAGCCUCGAGGAGUGCACGUUACUCCUGACCGAUGGGUCGCCGGAGACGGUUCAGGAGGUCUAUGCCAAGUAGCAGUGGCAAACUCAGGAGGGCCGCAUUAUGACCAAUUUCGGCUCGUUGACAUAGCUGCUAAGGCGAAACAAAUUUUCGACACGUGUGUCAUUCAGCAAAAGGAUACACUAGGGGGUAGCAGUUCAAUCGGCACCGGAAAGGGAUUUUUUGUGGUUCUGACGGGCAAAACCUGGACACCGUCAGGUCAACUUGCGGACGUCACCCUCGUCGAUGCUGCCGAGUCGGCUAUUAACGAAACGAACAUUGAGUGA